AUGGCGGCCGGCGAUGAACAUUCUGUCGAGACCAGCAGCCCUGUCGUGGAGCGCAAUGCCUCUGCGACUGAUGGCGCGCCUGCCACUGGCACUGGUGCCGAGUCCGGCGAGGGCACAACCGACCAGAAAUCCGUCGACAAUCACGACGGAAGGAGGCGAGGAGAAAAGGGUCGAGCAGAACGAAGUCGCCAGCUAAAAAACGACAAGAAACGCAAGAAGCAGGAUGACUGGCGCGAAUUCAAACGCCGCAAGCUGAGCGACAAGAAAGGAGAACCAGGCGCCCCUGAAAAAAAGAACCCCUUUUCCAAGGAAGAAAUAGCCUCGGAAGAGCGCCGGCCGAAACGCAAGGUUGCCGUCAUGAUCGGGUAUUCUGGCACAGGAUACAAGGGCAUGCAAGUGAAUGGCGACGAGGCCACCAUUGAGCGGGAUCUCUUUAGAGCCUUCAUCGACGCCAAGGCCAUUUCAAAGGCCAAUGCUGACGAUCCUCGCAAGUCCAGCCUGGCGCGGUGCGCUCGAACGGACAAGGGAGUGCACGCCGCGGGCAACGUCAUUAGCCUGAAGCUCAUCAUCGAGGACGAGGACAUUGUGGAGAAGAUCAAUGCACACCUGCCGGAGCAGAUCCGCAUUUGGGGGAUCCAGAGGACCAACAAUAGCUUCAACUGCUACCAGUACUGCGACUCGCGCUUUUACGAGUACUUGAUGCCUAGCUAUUGUCUGUUGCCGCCUCAUCCACAGACGUACCUGGCCAAGAAGUGUGAGGAGCUGAACAAGGAAUACGGUGCGGAAGAGGAAGUUGCCGCCGUAAUGGCCGAUGUGAAGGACUUCUGGGCAGAUGUUGAGGAGAAAGAGAUCAAGCCCAUUCUCGCUGGGCUGGACCACGAGUUGAGAGCAGUCGUGAUGGAGCGGGUGCACGCCCAGGAGGCAGAGGAGUACGAGAAGAAGAAGAACGGUGAAUCUGAACAGAAAGAAGCUCCGGCUUCGGAAGCAGAAAAGUCGGACGAGGCAAAUGGCGUCACGGAGAAGUCAGGCGAAGCGAACGGGACUGCAGCAGAGCCAGAACCCAAGAAGGUAAGCCUUGAAUCACACAAGCCCAAGCAUCGCGACCUCGCUCCCAUCGAUUUUGCCCUCCGCGACAUCAAAGCCACGUACAUCGCUGCUAAACGGCGGUACCGUGUGUCGCCCGAACGCCUGCAGCGCCUGCAGCAGGUGCUCGACAAGUACACUGGCACAAAUAACUUUCACAACUUUACCAUCCAAAAGGCCUAUUCCGACCCCUCUGCCCGCCGUCACAUCAAAUCCUUCGCGGUGAAUCCCAAACCCAUCAUCAUAGGCGACACGGAAUGGCUAUCCCUCAAGGUACACGGGCAGAGCUUCAUGAUGCACCAGAUCCGCAAGAUGGUCGGCCUGGCUUCCCUCAUGGUGCGUUGCGGAACCACGCUGGACAGGGUCGGUGACUCGUACCAGGAGCAAAAGAUGGCGAUUCCGAAAGCCCCCGGCCUGGGACUGUUGUUGGAGAGACCGGUAUUUGAAAACUACAAUAGAAGGGCCAAGGACACAUUGGGCAAGGAGACGAUUGAUUUCGGCAAAUACGAGCAGAGACUGGAGGCGUUUAAGCAGCAGCACAUCUACAGUAGAAUCUUUGAAGUGGAGGAAAGGGAGAAUACGUACGUGCUGCAGCUGAAAAAUGCACGACACACACCCGAGACGGGAGGUUUGCUAACGAGACGCAGGUUCCACGGGUUCUAUAACCAGAUCGACCAGUUCAAGGCCAACCACUUUUUGUGGCUGUCGGCCGGAGGAACAAAGGUAGCCGAGCUGAACAAGGAGAGCGACAAGACAGAAGUGGACAAGGCACUGGGCGAUGAGGAUGAAAACCCGGAGGGCGGCGAGGGUUGA